CUCAGCCGACAAACUUCUGUAACGGAGCUGUACCAGAACAUGGUGGAGGUAACAGUUGUGGCAGUGAACAGAAAAGGGGGCGUGGCACAUGCUGUAUGGAUGUUUUAGACAAGAUUUUUAAAAACGGAGGCUGUGAUGACGCUGUCAAGGCCAUUGAGGACCUGCAAGAGAUUCUAGAGGAAGAAGAAAUAAAUGGGACCAGUUCAUCAAUUAUUUCCGAGACUGUUGUUGCCCUACAGUAUAAACCCAAUGGUACCUUUAGAGGCCUCGACAUUUAUGCCAGCGAUAAUCAGGUACAACCAGGCCAGUCUCCGCCCAGCAGCAGAGUGAGAGUUCAGCUGCCGAGUGAACUGCAAGCUGGACCAAACAACAAGAUUGUGUUCUGCAUGAUUAAGUGGCCUGAAACAUACCAGACUGACGUUUAUGACAGAAGACUGUUUGGCCUGAGUGUGCAGCGCAAGAACAUAUCAGGACUACAGCAGCGUGUCAACAUCACCAUAAACCUAACCAAGGAAAUAAAUGACACCCAAAAACCCUCGUGUCAGUUCUUUAACUUCUCAACAAACACUUUUAGUGAGGAUGGAUGCAUUACUCUAUGGACUCAUGGUCAGAAUAAUGUCACCUGUUCCUGUGACCAUCUCACAUAUUUUGCUGUGCUCCUGCUGCCUGUUUCUGGCUCUGAUACAAAUGGCACUGGGUCCCUCUCACCUAAAGACCAGGAGAUUUUAACAUACAUCACUCUGAUUGGCUGCAGUCUCUCUCUUUUUGCCCUGGUCAUCACUGUUUUGCUCUUCAUCACAAAUAGAAAGGUCAGAGAAGAUGUUUCUAUGAAGGUCCACAUCAACCUCGUGAUUGCCCUGAUCCUCCUCAACCUGCACUUCCUGCUAAGUUCCAGGGUGGCAGCAGUGUCCUCCACUGGGGUCUGUUUAUACAUGGCUCUUGCCCUUCACUACUCCCUGCUGACUACUUUCAGCUGGAUGGCUUUGGAGGGAUUUCAUCUCUACCUUCUCUUAGUCAAAGUCUUCAACAUCUACAUCAAGAGAUACCUGCUCAAACUCAGUGUGGUGGGAUGGGGUGUUCCUGCAGUCAUUGUGUCAGUGGUGGUGAUCAUAGACAGAGGCUUUUACAGUCCUGUCUCUCUGGACGCAUCUAAAUCCAACAACACUGAUAUAUGCUAUAUAACCAAUGACAAGGUCAAGAUGGGGACUACACUGGGACCAUUCAUCUUGGUGUUCCUCUUUAACAUGAUCAUGUUUGCGGUGACAAUCAGACGAGUUUGGACUCUACGCAAAACCACAGAGUUUGGGCAGAGUAACCGUGACAGAGCCAAGAAAGACAUUUGUACCCUGCUGGGAGUCAUGACUCUGCUCGGCAUUACCUGGGGCCUGGUCUUCUUCUCUUUUGGAUACCUGACCACUCCUGGCAUCUACCUCUUCUGCAUCCUGAACUCACUGCAAGGUUUCUUCAUCUUCCUGUGGUUUAUGAUGUCACUGAGAAAGGCUAAAACUGCAGUUACUAAGACAAGCAAUGAAACACGAAGCACCAGCACCUAGCUUACACACAACUACCAAUACCCCGAGAAGUUCCUUUGUGUGUGCUGUUGGAAUGUUUAAUGCAAUAUUAACUUAGAAACACUGUUGUAUACAUGAGUUCAAGAAGAAAUUGUAUCAGAUAAGAGAUCAGCUGACACUAAAAAAAUGUAUGUGAAUGUAUUAAGUGUGAAGAUUUUAACAGCUCAAAUUUAGUUUGAAGUUUUCUUUUUAUUGCAAUAGACAGAGUUUUUGUGGCAAGCCGUUUAUCUUAUUGUUAGAGGAUAGAUCACCUGUCUCUUUUUACACUCGCUUUCAGAGAUCAGAGGCAAAACAACAUAAAUUUGAUAUUUUGUCACAUUUUCACCAGUCUGCACAUUAGAUCUUAGUUUUAAAUGAAACUCACCUGGCAUUAGUUUAGUAUUUUAAGAGGCUGUUAUGUUGAUUGAUUGCACACACAGCAUUUUGCUUUAUUGUAAUUGAACUGGUCUGAAAAUUAUUUUAUAUUAAAGCACAUUGUGAAUCACUAAAGGCUGUGGUGUUAGUAAUAACAGU